UUCGGUCUUGAAGACCUCCCCCGUCAGCUGUGCCAUUGAAAACCCCUUACAAAGCUGUCAAACAGCGAGAUAAACAAAGAGAUAGCUGCGUAGUAGGAAACAAAAUGGACUCCAAUGUUCAGAAAUACAACGUCCAGCUGUACAUCUACGACUUGUCGAGGGGGAUGGCGCGCAGCCUCAGUCCGAUCAUGUUGGGGAAGCAGCUAGACGGCAUUUGGCACACCGCCAUCGUGGCUUAUGGAGAUGAGUUCUUCUUCGGAGGCGAGGGAAUAUCCAGCUGUCCUCCUGGCGGGACAAUGCUGGGGCCUCCGGACAACAUUGUGGAGCUCGGUGAGACAGAAGUGUCAGAGGAGAUCUUCAUGGAUUACCUGUCCUCGCUGGGCGAGAGCACUUACAGAGGUGAAGCGUAUCGACUUUUUGAGCACAACUGCAACACUUUCACGAAUGAGGUGUCUCAGUUCCUUACGGGGAGCUCCAUCCCAUCUUACAUCACGGACCUUCCCUCGGAAGUCCUGUCCACACCGUUUGGUCAGAUUUUGCGACCCAUCCUGGACUCCAUCCACAUCGCCCCCCCAGGAGGAAAUGUCAUCAAUGGAGGAAGAAACAACUGAAGCCAACGCAGCAGAGAAGCAACUUCAGGUUGCUGCCAUUGUAGUCAUCUGGCAAAGUAGUUUUCAUGAUCUGGUCUACUAUAGAAUCGACUACUGCAGAAGUAUUUAUUGACUAAUUAUUCAUUUUCUGAAUUUAUCUGUAGCAUUGAAGUCAGUCUGGAUGUUCAUCUGCAGUUUAUUUAUGCAGAAUGAAGUGAAGGUGAGAACCUUCAGGCUAUUAAAUUCCUAGCUGAAAAACUGAGAGACAAAAGAAAAGGAAAAUUAAAGUUUGCUUUUUCAGUAUUGUGAAAUAGGAAAGUGUAAUAACAUUAAGACAUUGCCCUUAAAAUAUGUUAUUUGAUUAUUUAUGUUCUGUGAUUUUGAAUGCAUUUUAUUUAAAGAUUCUCAAUAUGAAUCAUAAAUAUUUGGACUAUCUUAUUAAGUGAUGAAUAUCUUGGAAAUAACGGGGAAAACAAUAGAAUAUUUCCCCUUUUUUCAUUUCAAUUAUCUAUUUUUGUGGGACAAAAAGUACUUUUUAUUGAAAAUCACCAGUUAAAGAGGAACCCAAUUUAAAAUGGGGGAAAAAGUAAAGUAUCUAUUUAGAAUAUGAAAAUAAUAUAAUAUAAUAUAAUAUAAAUAUGAACUCUCCUUUAAAAUCACGAGAGAGAAGUCCAGUUUAGUGUCUUGGUCUUGUUUUAAAAGGACUGCUCAUGUUUUUACCCCAGAGUUGGUGACAAAUGGUAAAGUGAUUUUGAGAUUGUUUGCCAUGGUCCUGUAGUGUAUUUGAAGAUCACCACUUUUUAUCUUUGUCCGACAAUAAGCUGUUUAAAACGCUCCUAUCAAUUUUUGUUAUUGUUAAAAUGUGAAGUCAUUGAGUCGCUGACGCUGCUGACUGCAAUGUUUUAACUCUGGAGUGUAUUUUGGUACAUGUUUUGUAUCUUUUAUUCCAAUCGAGGGUUAAUGGGACAUGGAUGCUGGAAUUCUGGAAUUUUGUUACUCAUAUUUGAACAAUGCACUUAUGAUUUUUGUCUUCAUCUGUCAUGUGCUCUCUGACCGGUAAAGUUGAAAUUCAUCUCUUGCGUUUCUGUUUAGUUCUGUCUCUUUUCCAAGAAAUACAAACCAACCUGUGUAUUUUAGAUGACCUCUGAUGUCAUAUUGUUAUGUAAGAAAUUUCUGGCAUGAUGAGUGUUUCAUGGUGUCUUUAAAUUGAUCCACUUUAUUCUAUGUACGUGCUGCGGUGUCCCAAAUUUGGUGCUUCUAAGAUUCCGACUGACCCAAGUCCGUCACCAGAGUGUGUUUGAGUAACAGAACACAUCUGUGCCUUCGACCCUGGAGCUCUUUUACAUGCCCCGUUGCACUCACACUAAUCCUUAAUAAUCCAGCCUUUCAACCCGUCACCAGUUGAACGAAGCACAGAACAAGAAGGCGAUCAUGUUAUAACGCAAUAACUUUUCAAAACGCUGACAUCGCAUGGCUGGAGGGCUUUUUGUUUUCACCCGCUUUGCUAGUUUUAUUAAAACAUCAGUAUGUGUUUCCCUACUUAAUCUGACCGCUGACAUGUAACACUGCAGUGCCCUCCUUAUCCCCCUUUGUUUGUUCCUUCUGCUUCCUGUGAUGUGUAUUAUGAAGACAUAUUUGUAGACAUUAUUCCUAAUCCACAUUCUUCAAUGACAUAUUUUGUAUUGUUUGUGUUGUUUUUGUACCUUCACAUAAAGCCAUUGACUGCA